GUUGGACGAAGCUGCCUGAAGAGGGCAGAGAGGGUGAAGCUGGCAGCACACACUGACUAUAUUGCGAUUCCCAUGGAAAGGAGGAAGCAAACAAGUCUCAUCCUCUGCAGACUCCUCUCCUGUCCGGACGAUCGAUCCACAUACUAAGGGACCUGGAUACUAGCUAUCUUCCUCCAUAUCUGCGUUGCGGGGCCGACUUAGAGCAUGCGAUGGCUUCAAACAGAACGCCGGCUCAGCGAGGCGCAGGAUGGACUCUUGGAACAGUCAGGUAAAACAAAAGAAGAUUUAUUGCUCAGCUUCAUCAGGCAUGACAAGGAAAGUAUGGGUCUCCAGGCAUCGUUGUGAAAAGCAGAAAUACUUGACAUUUCAGCAAUGAUUCUGAGUAAAAGACUCUGCCGCUGUUCAUUGCUGAAGGGGAACACCAAACGCUUAGUGUUCCAUGGCAUCGUGUCGGGAUUUGUAACCGUGGCUUUCCUGUUUCUCAUGUUGUUGUCUGUAAACAAUUAUAAUUGGCUUCCAAACAAAUUUGGAAAUACAGAUAUCCUGAAUUACCUGAAAGGUCAAAAAAUGCAUUUAAUACAGCAAGAGGAACUUGAUUCAGAACAAGAUAGAGAACCUGACAAUAUGUUUCCUGGCCUGUACCACUUUAAAUAUAUUAUAAAUGAACCCAAGAAAUGCCAGAAGAACAGUCCUUUCCUUAUUCUGCUUAUAGCAGUGCAAGCAUGGCAGAGCGAAGCGCGUCAAGCAAUUAGGCAGACGUGGGGAAAUGAAGACUUUGUGCCCGGUAUUCAGAUAGUGAGGUUAUUUUUAUUAGGGAAAGAUGCUACAUCCAAUAUAGAUGUACAACAAGCGCUUGUAAAUGAAAGUCGAAAGUACCAUGACAUCAUACAGCAGGAGUAUCUGGAUACCUACAACAACCUAACACUGAAGACUUUAAUGGGUUUAAGAUGGGUGGCAACAUACUGUCCGCAAAUUCCUUACGUCAUGAAGACGGACAGUGACAUGUUUGUCAAUACAGAGUAUUUAAUAAAUAAACUUCUGAUACCGGACCAACCACCUCAAAAAAAUUACUUCACCGGUUAUUUAAUGAGAGGCUUCUUGCCCAAUCGCAAUACAGACAGUAAAUGGUACAUGGCACCAUCAUUGUAUCCAGGUGAACGUUAUCCUACAUUCUGCUCAGGAACUGGCUAUGUGUUCUCAGGGGACCUGGCAGAGAAGAUUUUUAAGGUGUCCGCCAGUGUCACGUUCCUUCACUUGGAAGAUGUUUUUGUUGGGGUUUGUCUGGACAAAAUAGGGGUCUCACCUGUACCACCACCUAAGGAAUCUGAUUUUAACCACUGGAAAGUUUCUUAUUCUGACUGCUAUUACAACCAAAUAGUCACCACCCACCAAUUUGAGCCUGCUGAACUGAUCAGCACCUGGAAGAGUUUACAGAAAAACAAACAUACCUGUGUCUAAAGACCUUGCUCUGUUAAUAUUUUUACAUUGAUUUGUGCAAAAUGUUCAGUUAUUUUUGUAUAUGUUGUGUGCCAGAUGGGUUACAGGGGUACAAAUACAGACACUUUUUGAAUGUAUUGUGUUUUGAUUGUCUGACUGUAAUGCUCCAACAGGUGUGGUUGUUUUACUUGCUUUGGGCCAAACUUGUGAGUUGCGUAUAAGUGUUCCCAUGGUUUUCACCAUUUAUCCUGCUAAAGGAUGCAAAAGCUGGUUUUAGCUGCAGGAAAGACUGGUCCCAGUUAAGUGGCAGCUGGCUAAGCACUAGAUAUACAGGCAGGUGAGGCACUUAGAUGGAAUAAUGUCAGAUGAAGCAGAGCUGACUAGGUAUAUAGCAGAGCUGAGGAGAGAGCUGGUAAGAACGGCAGAGCUGAGGAGAGACAUAGUCGACAAUCCGGGACAUGAACAAGAGAAGCAGGGUAGAACAAAGGGAUCAGCCUAGGGGCUGAGUCAGGUAACAGGCUGUGGUCAAAUACAGGAACAUUGGUCAGAAACAGGAGAGACACCUUCAUUGUAGACUAACUACACUAUUGCUCAGGUACCACAGGAAGGAAGGAUUGCUCUCUUAUAGGUGGUGCCUGGCAUAGAUUGGAGGACAACAGGAAUAAGGGAUGCACAUAGAUCGUUAAAGAGACUGCCUAUGCACACAUGCGGUCGCUACGGGGUGCACCAGAAACUGUCGCUGCCUGCGACAGUACAGAGAAAGUGGUCCAUAACAAGGCCAAUA